AUGAACAUUAUUUCCCUUUUAGGACCAGCACCAUUGAGGUUACUGCAUAAGACAUCCUCACAGUCAUCAGUGGAAGGUAUUUUACAGAUUUAUUACAAUGGUGUCUGGGGAACAAUAUGCGAUGACGAAUGGUCAUUGGCUAGUGCAACUAUAGCAUGUAAACAGCUUGGCUAUCAGUUUGCAGUUAUGUCCAAGCGCUUAGGACAAGGACCAGAUCCAAUUUGGCUUGAUAAUGUUAAAUGUAACGGCGAUGAACCGUCACUAGACAAAUGCUUUCACGGAGGAUGGGGUACUCAUAACUGCGAUCACAGUGAAGAUGUCGGCAUCGUGUGUAAUACUAAAACAGCGCCAUUGAGAUUGUUCAACAAAACAAAACCUGCUUCAUCAUUAGUGCAAGGUAUUUUACAGAUUUAUUACAAUGCUUCAUGGGGUACAAUAUGCGAUGGCGGAUGUAACAGGCCAGAUAUUUUGAAGGGAAUCGACCUUCAAGUUAUCAAGUUAUACCUUUUGGACGACCCAAAGCAAGAAAGAGACAGAAGAAGUGGCUCGACUUUGUCAAAAUCAAGCGUGACAAUAAACUAUACUGCUAUAUACUUAUUGAGAAAAGUCAAGCGCCUGCCGUGA